AUGUCGCGCGUACAGUAUGACACCGAAGGACUGGACAUGCUCACCUGCGAGACCGAGGCCGAACCAGGCAUGUUACUGCUAGGGACGGUGUCAAUAUCUGGCGCUGCCGUCCAUGAACUGCAAAUGGAUCACCGCUCCUUCACCAUCGCACUGUCCGACCUUGAUGUCUUUCUCUGCUUACCUGGUUGCCGACCUCCAGAGGUCUAUAAAGGUCUAAGCAACCUCCGCGUGCUGUCCCUAUCGCUAUCGGAUGGUCUAUUGACCGACAAGCAAGACGUAGAACAGAUCUCCAAGGCUUUCAUUGACAUUACCUCUCAUGCCACCAAUUUCGAGUGGCUGACGCUCGAGUGGCUGACGCUCAAGUCCGGCCGCUACGAUAUCGAGGCGGCCGAGAAGACACUGGUCGAGACUGUACUUCAGCCGGCCUAUUUCCCAUCAUUGACUCAGCUGAAUCUGCUAGACUAUGCUGUAGGAGCGCAAAAUCUUAAAAGCUUUGUUAUUCGUCAUAAGAAGAGACUUGAAGAAGUCGCCAUAGCUAGCUUCCACGGUGCUUCAUGCUCGACAGGGUUACCUGUUGCACUCCUUUAUGCUGGGGGGUUUUUAUACUGGGGGGUUUUGACAUCGCUCAGCCUCUACUUGAGCCCGAUUUCGUGUUAG